AUAGACCAUAAAUGGACCUUUUCGUUCCCGCCACGAGUACCACAAACAUGAUUAGCUCAUCUCCUCUGUCCUCUUCCGAAUACUUAAACCCCGUUAAGCUCCGAGCUUCGAAUCAGCCUCUCCAUCCUCAUCCAAAAUGGACCAAACUCCCUUCAAACCCCACUUCUCUGUCACCAAAAAAUUGCAUUCCCACUGCCCCACUCCCGCAGAAGACCCGCCCGACCGUCUCGCCAACCUCUGUCGAGAGAUUGAAGCAAGCAGUAGCAUCGAAGACGCAUUCCGAGGCUCUGGAUCUGUAUCUCCAAAUCAAACGUCAAGGAAUCGAACUGGGGGUUGUUCUCGAGACCAGGCUGAUCGAUUUGUUUAUGAAAGUUGAACGCGUAGAUGAUGCUUUUCUGGUGUUCGACGAAAUGCCUGAGAGGAACGUUGUCACGUGGACUUCGAUGAUUUCUGGGUGCGUCCGAAAUGGUUAUGGAGAAUUGGGGCUUCACCUUUUCGUCGAUAUGCUCGACUCUGGUGUGCUUCCCAAUGAUUUUGCAGUCAAUGCUGCCCUCCAGGCCUGCACUGAUACGGCAGCUGCUGAGCCUGGAGAGCAGCUGCAUUCGCUGAUCGCCCGCUCUGGUCUUGGGGAUGAUCGCUGGACUGCCAGUUGUCUGAUCGAGUUCUAUUCGAGAUGUGGGUUGAUUGACAAAGCUAAGUCAGUCUUUGAUAGGAUUACAGAUCCUGAUGUGGUGAGUUAUACUUCACUAAUUUCAGGAUAUUGUAGGAAUAAUGUGUUAGAAUCUGCGGUUGGAGUGUUUGAUCAAAUGGUGAGACAAGGGAUCAAGCCAAAUGAGCAUACUCUUACAAGUAUCUUAACAGCAUGCGGACCACUUCUUGGUGAACAGAUCCAUGCUUUCAUGAUCAAAACCAUGAUCAUCAACAGUGUUUAUUCUGCGAGUGCUUUGAUUGAUUUUUACUCGAGGAAUUUUGAGUUUACUCGGGCUAAAUUGGUGUUUCAACAAUUGGAACCUAAGAAUGUUGUCACUUGGAGCUCAAUGAUCUCAUGCUGUCUUCGGAAUGAGCAACCAGAGGAUGCCUUGAGAGUAUUCAAUGACAUGGUUAGUGCAGGCAUACAACCUAAUGAGUUCACUUUUUCAACUAUUAUUGGAGCUUGUGGAUUACCUCAAGAGUUAGCUAAGUUGGGAUUGCAGCUCCACUGCUUGGCGAUCAAGCGUAAGUUAACCUCUGAUAUCCGAGUGUCUAAUGCUUUGCUGACCAUGUACGCUAGAUGUGGUAAGAUUGAAGAGCUAGAGAAGGUGUUUGUGAAAAUUGAGGCACCUGAUACUGUCUCCUGGACUGCUGCUAUCUCUGGUAAUUUCCAGAAUGGAUGCGAUGACAGGUCCAUUGAAUUACUUCGCCACAUGCAUAGGGAAGGACACAAACCUAACGAGUACGGAUUAUCUAGUGCCAUAAGUUCUUGUGCAAAUCUUGCCUUACUCGAUCAAGGAAGGCAACUUCAUUCUCUUUCACUAAAGUUAGGGUGUGACCACGAUGUUUGCAUGGGGAAUUCACUGAUCACUAUGUAUGCCAAGUGCGGCUGCAUCAAGGAUUCAGAACUGGUAUUUGACAACAUGCAUACUCAUGAUAUAUUGUCAUGGAACUCAUUAAUUCAUGGCUAUUCAUAUAAUGGGCAUGGGGUAGAGGCCUUCAAAGUAAUUGAUAAGAUGUUAGAGAGCAGCUGUAGCAUGCCAGAUGACUCUACAUUUCUAGGGAUUUUGGUUGGGUGUAAUCAUGCAGGUUGUGUUGAUGAAGCAGUUAGAUAUUUCAAGAUGAUGAAUGAUCACUAUGGCAUUAUACCCUCUGCCUCACAUUGUGCAUGCAUGAUUGACAUGAUGGGUCGAGCUGGAAGACUCGAAGAGGCACAUCAUAUAAUUGAGCAGAUGCCAUUUGAGCCAGAUAUUACUAUGUGGAAGGCACUAUUAGGAUCUUGUACAUUGCACAGGAAUCUAGAACUAGGAAAACUUGCUGCAGAGAAGAUUUUCGAGCUGACCCCAACAGACAGCGCAAGCUAUGUGCUUCUCUCAAACUUGCAUGCUUUGCAUGGUGAAUGGCAGGAGGCAGAGAGAGUAAGGAGAAAAAUGGAUGAGAAUGAAGUCCAGAAAGCAGCAGGAUGGAGUUGGAUCCAGAUUAACAAUGAGGUACAUGCUUUUGUUGCAAGAGAUAAGUCUCAUCCUAGAUUUGCAUUAAUCUAUGAGAGAUUGGAAGAACUCUUUAAGAUAAUAAAGGAUGAGAGAUAUUCAUCUCAAACUAUUGAUGCAAAUGAGCUUGAAAUUACAAAUUGAUAAAAUAUAUUGAUUUUGUUGUCAAUUGGAGAAUCAUAUGAUGGAUUUGCAGGCUAAGCAUGCAACCCAAAUUGCAUAUGAUCUUACCGGUAUACCUUAGCAAAUUGGACAUGCAAUUUCAAGAUCUGCAGUCACAGGACUAGGAUGUCUCAUACAUGGAAAAAUGACACAUAAUCUAGUGAAUUCUUCUUUUGUAGUAUCUAUAAUUCCAAAAAGAAAGAAAACAGUGAUUUUGACAUUUAUGCUUCCAAAUACCUCCACCUUUGUGCUUGAAGCAUAUUCCCAACUCCAAAGAAAUUUGAUUCAUCCAAUGGAAUUUUUCUUAGGCUGAAUCAUUGACGCAACCAAGAAAAUUAGACAUGAUAUUCUGAUUUCUGCUACCAUGUAACAAGUUACACAUUUACAUAUAGUUUCAUGUCUUCUCCUUUCUCUUCUUGAAAAUAAUGGAAAUCUCUUGUUUCUUGUCCAAGUUAAAGAGCAGUACUGGGGGUUUGCCCAUUGCCAUUUUCAUUUUUCUUCCAUUUAAUCUGCAUCUCGAUUUCUUAAUUUAUUCUUGUAUGACCAUUGUGCAGGUUUAAAAUAAGGUUCAUUCUAACUGCACUUUUAUGUUGUAUAUCAAUUUGCACUUCUUUUGAGAAAACAGAAUCAUCAGUGUGUUUGUCCAAUAGGAUUAUCUUUCCCUUUCCCUUUGUUGCUAUUUGUUCAUAUUUUCCUCUGUUAGAGAACAUCAAGUAAACAAUUAGGCAAGGUGGACACUCUUGUAGGGUUUUAGGUGCAAUUAGACAGACAGCAGCACUACAUGCCAUCUUUAUGCACAAGACUUGUGGCAUGAUGUUAUUUUCAUCUUCAAAUAACCUUAGGGCUGAUCUCUAUAUUGGUUACAAUCGUGUUAAUGAUUUUGAAUUUGCCGAGAAAUUAUUGAGUUAAAAAUGUUGCCUGAUGGAAUCUUUAGGUGGACAACAAAGGAAAGCUCAAAAGAUGCACAGAUGAAUUUGGCCACAUGAGCUGUAAGAUGUU